AUGACGCAAAUAUUGAUUGUAGGCAUGAUGUUCUCAGUUAGGUUUUUAAAAUUUAUCAUUACUCUUUUGCUUCAAGAAACCACACAAAUAGAGGAUCCUCGAGUACAAUGGCGACGGGAGCAGGAGCAUAUGCUAAAGGACUACCUUGUAUUGGCACAAGAAGCACUGAUAGCUCAGAAGGAGAUUUAUCAAGUAAAGCAGCAGAGGCUUGAACUGGCACAGCAGGAGUACCAACAACUUCAUGAUGUCUGGGAACACAAGUUGGGAUCUCAGACCAGCCUAGUCUCCAGUUCCUCAUCUGGUUCAAAGUAUGAUCCAGAGAUUCUUAAAGCUGAAAUUGCCACCACAAAAUCUAGGGUUAAUAAACUCAAGAGAGAAGUAGCUCACAUGAGACAGGAACUCCAGUACAAGGAACUUGGUUACCAAACACUGAAGAAAAUUGAUAUGAAAAUGUCUGACACUCGAGGUGGAUAUAAACUUGAUGAGGCACAAGCCAUCUUAAGUGAAAUGAAAGCUAUCAAGAAAGCCAUCACUUCGGGAGAGAAAGAAAAGCAAGACCUCAUUGAGUCCCUUGCCAAGUUGAAAGACAAUUUUGUAAUGGACAGAGGAUCACACUCAGACCUGUGGGCCAGCAGCACAUCUUUGGAAGGCUCCACACUCUCGUUACCUAAGCAGUAUCUGGAUGUUGGAUCCCAAACAGAUGUUUCUGGAAAUUUUGUUGUGAGCAGUAAUAAUCAGUUGGCUGAGAAGGUGAGACUGCGCCUCCAAUAUGAAGAGGCAAAGCGCAGGUAAGCGACAUUUUCUUUAUUGUUACUGGCAAUUAAAAUUCACAGUGUAUACAAACAGACUUUUAAAAUAUAUAAAGUCUUUAUUCAAUUCUUCAAAAAAACAUACAAAGAAGAAAAAGGAAAAGAAGAAGAAAUACACUUAAUAUCAUACAGAUAGUCUGACCUCCAUCUAUCUAAUAUAUAUCAUAUGCUUAUCUAAUUUGUAUCAUUAAAAAAAUUAAGAAUAAAAAUGAGAAAAAACCCUAAUACAGUAUCUAAAAUCAAUAUCCACACUUCAUUAUAAAACUUAAACCCAGCUCACAGUAAAUCUGAGCCAUAUUGUUCUUUCAUAAAUUCUAGCCAGGGAGACCAUAUUCUCUCACAUUUUUCUAGUGGACUUUCUUUCAGCAUUUUAGUUAGCUUAUCUAUUUCUGCAUACUCUCAUAUUUUAUUCAACCAUUCCUUCUCAGUUGGAGACACUUAUUUCUUGUGACAGCAGAUCUCCUCAACAAAGUCAACAUCUAGAAUAUUGGGAUUGGCUCAUCUAUUUCCAGGCAAAUCUAUAGUUUGUGCUUUUGAUAAUGUUUUGUGGGAAGACUUUUAUUUUCAAAAACGGGUAAUGCUGCUACAUACCAUGAACUG